AUGUCGAGAUCCGCGCAUCUUUCCAAGGUGAUAUCGAUAGCUGGACCAUCUAGAAUCCGACAUUUCCAAUCUACUUUGCCACCACCUAGACUUAUACGAUCGAUCUUUCAAGUGAGAUGUAAUUCCUGUCAACAUCAACGACAACGUCGUGGUUUAUUCACAAGGAGAAGUACUUCAUUCUGGACUCAUUCAUACCCCUCAUCUGAUAUACCACAAGUGCCUUAUACACCUCCAUCACCUUAUCAAGAUCACCACAACCAAGAUCAACAAGGUCAUUCAAAUAACGAACAUCAAUCGAAUUCAGAUAUAGGUCAAAGAAAAGAUAGGAAACAGAGGUAUCUGGAUAGUCUAAUGGAUAAAGCUGGUGAACUGAGUUUAAGAUGUUCAGUACUUGACUCGGAAGGGAAUUGGACAGCUGAAGAAGGUAAAUAUAAGAAAACAGAAUUAUGUAGAGAACAUGAUUUAGAUCCAAGAGAUCUACGUAAAUUAGAUUCAUUGUCACCUAAUCUAGUUCCUAUAAUAUUAACGAGAAAAUCUUGUAUAUUGAUAUCAAUGUUAAAUAUAAAAGCAUUGAUUAAGCCUGAUAGAGUCAUUGUGUUUGAUAUUGCCGGAACACAAGAAUCUGAAAUUCAAAAGAGGUUUAAAUAUCAUCUGGAAAGGAAUAUUAGAGCUGGUCUAGGAAUACAUCCACUUUCUCCACAAUCGCAAUCACAAUCAGAAUUACAAUCUGAAAUACAAAUGAAGAAGGAAGAUGAUAUAGAUCUUGAUAAUAGUAGUAGUAGCAUUAACGGCAAUAACAAUGUUAGUGGAGAAGAAUGUGAAGAAGAAGUUUUAUGCUAUGAACAUAGAGCUCUCGAAUCCAUCCUGGUAGCAUCAGCAAAUGCUCUAGAAGAAGAAAUGGCUUUUACCCGUCAAUUAGUCAGACAGCUUUUGACUGAUCUCGAAGAUGACAUCAAUCGAGAUAAUUUGAAAAGGUUAUUACACUAUUCAAGAAGGAUAGUCGGGUUUCAAAGUAGAGCGAGAUAUGUGAAAAGGGCCGUAGAUGAAAUUUUGGAGUCUGACGAGGAUCUUUCUGCAAUGUACCUUACUUCUCGAGCACUUGGAAGACCAAGAGCACUGCAUGAUCACGAGCAACUGGAAUUACUAUUAGAGAGUUUUGUAAAGCAGGUAGAGGAAAUUGUUAGUGAAGUGGAUACGACUGUCGCGAAUAUGAACUCGACCCAAGAAAUCGCAGAGUUGAUGCUUGAUUCAGGACGCAACGCUCUUCUCGCUUUAGAUAUCAAGAUAUCCAUAGCUACUUUGGGUAUAGGGACAGGAGCGUUAGUUGCUGGAUUAUUCGGUAUGAAUUUAACAACACAGCUUGAAUCAACACCGUAUGCUUUUAUUGCCGUAUCGGGAUCAGCAAGUCUAAUAGCAUUAUUAGUAAUGAUAUAUGGUUCGAAAACGUUAAGAAGAGUCAGAAGAGUAGCGUUGACAGAUAAAAGAUAUUCUGAUUAUUCAAAUAUGAUGACUUCACAAAGAUGGGAUAGAAGCGUAGAUCAGUAUUCGAAAGGUUUUGACCCGGCUUUGAUUGAUAGGAAAUCUGAAAUUGCAAGAAAAGCAAUUUGGGAGAAACUAUUUUGGAGAAAGAUGAUCCCUCCUCAAUCUGCUGAUUUCUCUGCCGCUAGUGCUUCGGCUUCCAGACAAGCUAAAUUACAAGCUAGACUAGAUGCGAGAGGCGGGUCAAGAGGUUGGCAUUAUAAUCGAAUGUCAGAAUCAGGAACUCAAGAUCAAUGGAAUCCACAGAUGGAAAAUGGGGUUUGGAAAUGGGGUAAAGGGUAUGGUCAUUCGAAAAGAUGGGCUAAGGAUUGA